GGUGGCGACAGCGGCCCUGCGGUGGUUGUGCGAGAUGCUGCCAAGCGCUGGGGUCUAUUACUUCCCAUGGGAGAUCAACAGCUCAGUCCCAGAAGGGGAGGCGCUGAGGACGUUUGGCAGGUUAUGCUGCUAUGACCUGGCCCAGUCCGAAGCCAUUCUGACCGCUCAGCACAGCUCGGCUCAGUACCGGGUCUGUGUCGACACCAAGUUUGUGGAGCCAUUCCAAGCCCAGCUGGGAUCUCGCUACAUGGUCCUGGGAGAGGCUGAGCACAGGGAAGGUGAGGGUCCCGUGGUAAAGGCACGAAUAUUGACCUGCGUGGAAGGAAUGAAUGUGCCCUUGCUGGAACAAGCCAUACAGGAGCAGAGGAAAUACUUCAGUGAGAGGCAGGAGCGGAUGGGAAACAGCACGUCCUGACAGCAGCUCUGAGACCAGCCAUACACUGACAUUUGCAAUAAAUAUAUUAAAAGUAAACUUAGAAGGUGGGUUUUCAACAUCCUGCUUUUUGCCGUGGCAAAUGACAAAGUCAAGUCAGUAAGCAGGGAAACACUUGAAGACUGUGAGUCAGUAUGUGACUGUGGGUUGUCCAUUCAUGCCAGGUGUGAUCACUGAAAAUAGCUCUGGGAAGCAGGUUGGUUGGUUGUUCAGAAGGGUGGUUAAGGAAAAGAAGCAUUUGCAUUAUACUGGUCCUUUUGUAACACAAGGCUUGGAGAUGUCAGAAAAAGGAGCAGUCUCCAAAUCUCAAGUUAAAACAGCUCACACCCACACACACUGCCAAGGCGCAGCAGGUUACCGGGCUGUUGGCACACUGGAGGUAGAGGGCAUUUGUGCAAAGUUCGUUAGCCCUGUGUGGCUGCGGGUCCAUGAGUGCAUGCUUUUGGCUACUACGCUGCCACACAGGAGUGUUCCUGGCAAAACACUCACAUAUCUGGACUGACCAACAAAGAAACAAGAAGAACAAAGAGUCGCUAUUUUCAGUAGCACCCGCCUCUUCGGGUUUUCAGGAGCUGGUGUCCAAGGGGGGCGGGGAUUGACUUUAGCUCUAAAAUAAAUACUUGCAGUGCCCUGAGAACCACCACUUGAUUUUCUUCCUUGACACAACUAAGUUUAGGAGACCUUGAAUCAGUACUUUUUUGAAGCAUCUAAAGGUUUUGAUUG